CGCUUGGUUCCAGGUUUAGAUCGACCUUAGGUUGUAAACAGCUAGAUUGUCACUCACCAGACGUUUUACCCAGGGUAGUACAAGUGUUGUGUUCGUUCUUUCUUUAGGAUUACCAAUCAAGGACUAAAUUUCAAGAUGGCAACAGGAGGCGAUGACCUUAUUUUCGAGAAGCUAAAGGAGUACUGCGGCUGCACGGACAAGGCAAAGAGCAAGGACAUCGCAACAUGCAUGGCCGAGGCGUGCGCCAAGCGCGGCAAGGGCAAAGCUCUUGACAAGCAAACAGUUAGCCAGGUGUGCGACAACUCCGCGGCAGCAAGUUUUGGAAAGGGCAUGACCUUCAGCCUUACCAAGGCAACUUGCAAGGAAUUUGAGAAGCAGUUUGCGAAGAAGCGCCUAGAGAGAGCGGGAGGCAAACCAAGCGAUGCUGAUGUCGAUGCAGAAAUCGCUAAAAUGAGGGAAGCGCUUGCCCAGUGUAAAAAAGUUGGCCCCAAAACGAAUUUUUCCAAAACUGGCGCUGUGGACAAAAUGACUGACUCAAGUCAGUAUACUGGCGCUCACAAGAGCCGUUUUGGUGAGGACGGAAAGGGGAAGGGUAUCGAUGGACGGGAGGAACGCGCAGACAACACAGGUUACGUCGGAAACUACAAAGGAGCCGGGACCUUUGACAAGAAGUAGACCGGUGACUGAACAUUGCGUACUGAUGGCUAUGCUAUAGAAUUAUAAAAGUAUACGUGGAAAGGAUACCUUAUUAAUACUGAUAAACUGGCAGAAACUGCAUUCCCUACAAUACAAGGAUAGAACCCAUCAAGCAUUACUCGAGAAGUUUACUGGGAGGCUCUGUCAUGUCUAGUCUGUGGUAGACAAGGCUUUAGAUAAGCUCACUGACCGGGAAAUGGACUGAUAGGCUACUGCUCAAGAUUUUUGGCCAAGUUUGCACCAAUAACGUUUUCUCUGCUUUUAGAACUUCUCCAAAACUGGUGGUUUGGACAUGACCGGCCGCCCCUUUCUCCUAAUUGCAGAUGCCCUAAAUGUUGUAAACCCCUCUCAACCUAUCUGGCCAUGUUUUGCAUGCAAUAAACACCUUCUCUUCUUUUAGAACUUCCAUCUCCAAAACUGGUGGUUUGGUCCUUUCUUCUCUUUUAGAACUGGUACAGAGACCCAAACGUAUUGUAAAUGUUGUAACCCUUUCUUAACGAAUAUCUGGCCAUGUUUUGCAUGCAAUAAACAAAUCAAAUUUCUCAUCUUUUAGAAUUUCUCUAAAACUGGUGGUGUCGAUAAAAUGACUGAUUCGAGUCAGUAUACUGGCGCUCACAAGAGCCGUUUUGAUGAGGAUGGAAAGGGGAAGGGUGUCGCAGGACGGGAAGAACGUGCUGAAAACACAGGUUACGUUGGUGCCUAUAAGGGAGAAGGCACUCACGGCAAGUAGAUGGAACAUUACUAAUUCAUAGCAUUCCAGGCCCCAAACUAUGGCUUCUUGGUCACACCAGGUAGGAUAAAGGGCGGAGGAAAAAAGGUUAAAAGUACGUGGGUUGCCCUUGUAAUGUAAGUUGUUGCGGUAUAUUUUGGGUUCCUGUGAUUCUCAGUCGAAGACAGAAGUGAAAUUACUAAGAGUCAACACCACAUGAUUAACCCUUUAGGACUGUCCAAUAAUGACGCCCAUUGCCACGUGCGGACCCAGAAAUUGUCCGAACCUGAAACUUGAAUUUCUGAGCUGUUGAGCUCUGUUAGGUGAAAAAUGCAUGUUUGACAGUACUUCUGCAUGUCACGGUCCUCAAGGGUUAAAUCAAAUGGUUUAUCAGCUUUAUACUUCACCACAUAGAGUAGCAAAUGAGCUUGUUGUUUUUUCCUCCGGAUGUAUAAUGUAAUGGGCCACUUUGAAAAAUGAAAAUAAUUCCGUCCUCCAACACUUUGCCUUGUAAGCUUUGCAGGCCUUUGUGAAUCAAUAUUAUUUGUAAAUGUAAUGGUUUAUACAUAUAGCUAAAAGCAUGCAUGUUAUAAUAUGUAUAAUGUGAUCUGGCAGUAGACAUGUCUUGUUUUGCUUAUUGUUACAAGAUUAGAUAUUUCCCACAUCGUUAAUGCAAAUACAGUAAAUCUGCUGCGUCUUUACAAUUCCACCUCACAGGUCAAUAAUCAUCGAUUUACAACUGGGGAAAGGAGAUUAUUGUCAACUAGGUCCGGCACCAUGGGAACACCCAGGCUGCCAGUAAUGUUUUAGAUCAGGCAACAGGAAAAUCGAUCAUGCGCCAUUACAAGUUUAUAGAUGACAGCACUGCACCAUUUUUCUGUUAGGACAGAUUCCAAGGCAAAUUCUUGCAACAGCACCUGACUGUGUUUACAGUAUUUCACCAGGUUUUGUAGAGGUGGAGCAGAUUCUUAGUUAUAGGCCCUGAGUUGUAUUCUAUUACUCGUCUUAAAUUGUCUUAGAAUUUUAAUGUUUGUAUCUGCUUGGUACAAACUAUGAUACCCGCCCAGCAGACGUCAGGAUCGAAACAUACUGGUCUAUUUACUUCAAACCGAAACUGCUGAGAAACUUAUUUCAACUGCAAGAUAAAGUCAGGGUUACUAGAUGUUGUUCACAUAUAACGGCAUAUUGUUGGACUAAAAAUAUUGAGGUUAACAUCUAUUUGGAUUUAUAUGUAGUCAGAUUCUAUAUUCUAAACCAAAAUGUAUGGUUUUUACUGUGCCAUAGAAACAAAUGAUUUCAAGAUAUCAAUGGUGUCAGCCGCUUGGGAAAAUACUCAAGGUUUCCGACACCUAUGCAAAUUCCAAUUAUUUCAGAAGUGCUGUCAACCCAAUUAUUAUGGCUGGCCUAUUUUUAUAUAAUUGCAACAACGCCUCCACAACUCGUCACAUUAGAAAUUAUCUCCUACUUGAAAUUAGACAUUUUGCACUUCUUCCAAUGGCGAUGUUUAUUCUGUUAUUGUUAGAAGUACAUGUACCUUUAAUAAAUUAUUGAGUAUUGGAAA